AUGGCGACGACCCGAUCCCAGCGCAAGACGUCGUUCUCGACCAAGUUUACGCCCGAGGUCGUCGGCCCUGGCGCGUACGCUCCACCAGACCUGCUUGCCAAGACCGUUCAGCCGAGCUACUCGGCGUUCAGCAGCUCGGACAAGCGCAACUUGAACAAGAACACGGGCACGUCGGCCAUGACACCAGGCCCCGGGGCCUACGUCAAGGACGCGGGGCAUGGCAGCGGCACCGCCAUGAACGCCUUUGCAACCAAAGUGUCACGGUUUGCACCGCAUGCCCCGGGGUCUUCCAUCUACAUGGCGUCGACCGUACAAGACAAUCCUGGGCCUGGGACCUACACGGCCGAGAUUGAGCAGCUGCCGGCGCACGCGGCACCUGUGCCGUCGCGUCCGCUGCAGUACAACACACCUGGGAUGCAGCGAGGCGUGCCCACGAUUCCACGAAAGGACCAAAGCUACGGCUACACGGCCGAUGAAAACGGCGUCUUGAAGCGACACACGGCGCCAGCGUCGACGUACUCAGGCUUGGGCCAAGACACGGUGGGGCCCGCGGGGUACAACGUGCGGAAGGAGCCGACCGCAGAUAUGGCGACGACCGUGCCCAGUCUCAAGUCGACUGUGAAGCGCGAGGUCUGGGAAGAGCUCUCACCGCGAAUAGACGUGCCUGGCCCCGGUACGUACGCGCCAAAGUUGCGGCCGCAGGCACCACAGAGCGACCGACCCAACGCUGUCUUUGCGUCCAAGGUGCCGAUUCUACCCGAGCCACGACGUAUCGAGAAGGACGAAGAGAAAGCCCUUUUGCUGGCGCUCCAAGAGCAAAGCCACAACCCAAAGCCCAAGGUCCAAGGCGUCAAGAAGGAGCAGUUUGGGUCCACGGCGGGCCGCACCGACAUUGCGUCCAACAUCAACACACCGUUUAUUCAGCCCACGUACAAUCAAACGCCGGGUCCCGGUACGUACGUCGACAAGAAGACGUACGACCAGCGGCGCCGAUUGCACUCGAAAAAGAGUUUUCGCGACGACGCAGUCGGGUUCCAAGCCAUUUCGGAACGACCGUGCUUGGCGAAAACCAAGCCCGCGUACGCGACCGGCCCGGGCACGUACAGCCCCGCCGGCCACGACCUCACGCUCGAAAAGGCGGUGCGCAUAAAGCAGCAUGUCGGCCGCAACGGCGUCUUUGGCUCGACGACCGAGCGCUUCCUCUGGAACCUCACACCCGAGGUGCUCGAGGCCGAAGAGCAGCUGCCAGGUCCCGGCAAGUACACGGCCGACUCGAACGUGGUCGAACCCUUGCCGCCUGGUGUUCGCCGCCCGCGCGUCUACACCUCAUCGGCCUUUCGGUCGACGACGAGCCGGUUUCCGAAGGGCCACAACCAUGCACCGCAGUUCCAUAUCGUUGGCGAGUGCGCGGCGCCGGCCGUCGGCGACUACGACCUCGUCAACGUCCCACCACACCGCGUCGCGACGAAUCCGUUCUUGAAGGUGCCCUUCCUGAGCCAGGGCCCGCGAAGCGAGAUUGGCGCCGAGACCAUGUACCGCGAAGUACCGGGGCCGGGUCAGUAUGAGGUUGCUUCGCCGCGCGACCAAGUUGUUGGGGCACCGAGCUUCCGGACGCGCGCAAAUACGAUCCGGUCUACGCUGCCGCUUCAGCAGCGCUUUGAGCGCAAGCCGACCAAGCCGCACCAGCUCAUUGGGCCUGGCGCGUACACUGUACCCGGCACGGUCGGCGUCAAGACGUUCAACGUGACCAUGCGUGCGAGGAAUCAACAACACGCUUGA